AUGAUGUUUCACGCGUGCAGCUAUUUUUUAUUAUUUAUCAUUACCGUCGGUUUCUCCAAUGCACAGAGAGGUAAUGACAAAUUUUCGAAUCAAGAUGGCUUUGCCUUUCCCGGCGAGGCUGAUCGACCUCUAAAAUAUCCAAUUCAACCACAGAAUCCAAGUACUAAUAAACCUUCGGAACCUAUUGCAAAUGGAGUAACGACAGAGCCAUCGAUCCAGGAUUACAAUCAGUGUAUUGAUAAUUGUCCGGUUACCUCGGAGUACAAUCCCGUUUGUGGAACUGAUAACAUUGUUUAUAAUAAUCCUGGAAGUCUUAGUUGUGCACGAAACUGUGGGAAAUCGGUGGAAAUUGUAAAUUACGGCCGAUGUGAUAGUGGAGCUGGAAGAGGAUGACAAAAUUUAAAUGAUUGAAAAUAUAUUUUAAAAUAAAUAUU